GUCUGUUCAGCCAAGCAUCGUGUCUCACUCGGUGGCUCAUGAAUUGUGGUCGGACCUAAAAUCUCGUUAUGGUGGUUCGAAUGGGCCUCGUGUUCAUUAGUUGAAAACCGAGAUGCAAAACCUCCGUCAGAAGGGCCAGUCCGUUGUAGCCUACUACAAUCAGUUUAUUACAUUGUGGAAUCAGUUGUAUAGAACCAAGGACCCUACGUUCGGUUGCAAAUGUCCAGCUGCAGCCUUGAUUCGUGCGGACGUCGAACACGAGAAAACCCACACUUUUCUUCUCGGUCUGGACGACGAACAAUAUGGGUCUGUCCGCUCCCAAAUCCUCGGGACGGAACCGGUUCCAGACAUUAGUCGGGUUUAUGCGUUGGUCGCUCGGGAAGAACGUCAUCGGUCUAUUGUUCGUGCUAGGGAUGACCGCACAGAUGCAAUGGCGUUUGCUGUGGGACGUCCUCCUCCUCCGGCCCAAUAUCAAUGCACUCAUUGUGGCAAAACCGGACAUACGGUGGACCGGUGUUACCAGAUUAUUGGCUUCCCUGCAGGUGGCAGGGGUGGUCGUGGCGGCGGCAGAACUGGACGUGGGGGCCGAACAGGGGGACGGGGGACCAAAGGCAGUGGUGGCACUGCCAACGAAGGGACGGCCAGUGCAGCGGCUGUAGAGGUGUCCAGCGCUGUGCACUCCGGCGAGGCCACCCCCACGUCUCUAUCCUCCGAUCAAGUGACACGUCUUCUCUCUAUGCUCAUCCCCUCGUCUUCUCAUAUGUCGUUGAAUGGCAUGCCGCAGUCUACGUCGCAGGAUUGGCUUGUUGAUAGCGGCGCGUCCCACCACAUGACCGGUACCUUUUCUUACCUUUUUGAUGUUAGCCCAAUUCCGCCGUGCCCCGUCACUCUCCCGGAUGGGUCACGUGUGUUGGCUAAAACAAGUGGGAGUGUGCAUGUUUCCCCCACCUUGGUACUCCGGAAUGUGUUGUUCGUUCCUACUUUGCGGUGUAAUCUUAUAUCAGUUGGCUGCCUCGUGCGGGCCAACAACUGUCUUGUUAUUUUUGAUGAUCGUUGUUGUGUGUUGCAGGACCGAGUUUCGAUGGUGGAGAUUGGUCGGGGUAAUGCUAGCAAUGGAGUUUACGUUUUCCAGCCUUCCGCUACCGUUUCUGCUCUUAGUGUCGAUCAAGCCACUCUUUUACAUAAAAGACUUGGUCAUCCGUCUCCAAAUAUGUUGUCGUUUCCUCCUUUCAAUAAAAGCACCAAGGGCUGGCGUGUCUACGACAUGGAGUCACGCCGUUUGUUUCAUUCUCGGGACAUUUCUUUCGACGAAUCUGUGUUUCCCUUCGCCACCCCCUCUCCUGCCGUCGGCGUGUCCUCAUCCCCGUCUUCACAUGCCGACUUUCCAGCCAUUGUUACAGCACCAGACCCACCCCCAGUCCCGGUUUCUCCUACUACAACCACCCCACAACCCACGUCCGAAGUGGAGUCUCCCUCUCUGUCGCCCCAGUCUACCCCCGUCUCGUCACCCUCUUCUUCCGACGACGACCAGCCGCACUCCUCUCCUCCCCAGACAGUCCCACUUCGGACCCUCCCACCUCGCACCCGUCGUCAACCUUCUCACCUUUCCGAUUAUGUUUGUCACUCCGCCCUCACGUGCAACUCCGAUGCUAGCUCCCCGGCUCUAUCUACACGGUCAGAAGAUGGUGAGGAUAGGGAUAGCGGAGAUGCAGUAGUCGACGAUGGCGUUGGGCAAUGUUGGGCGGCGGUGGAGCAGGAGCAGUGGUGGGUGGCGAUGGGCAGCGCAGCGAUGGGCGGAGGUGGGUCGGAGCAGCGGUGGCUGGGGUGAGAUAGUGGUGGGGGGCAAAGCAAUUCAAGGAAGGUAUGAGGGUAUUUUGGACAUUUUAGUGUCAUAGUCAACAUUUACUAAAAAUGAACAAAAGUCAAACUGGGAACGUCUUUUCCGGACUAAUGAAGUAUAUCUUUUUUAUAAAAAACAUACUCCUCCGUCUUUCUAAGAUCUUCUCGUUUUGACUUUUUGUGGUUUUUAAGGAGAGUUGAAAAAAGGUAAAAGUUUACCAUAAUACCCUUAAUGAAAAUGCGUGGAGUGUAUUAAAUGAGGUAGGUGGGG